GCCACCGAGCGUCAUGGCCGUCUCCGUGCCGGGCUACUCGCCCAGCUUCAAAAGGCCGCCCGACACGUUGCGGCUCCGUCGAAAAAGGGCCCGGAGCCACGGGGCCGCCGCCUCCCCGACCUCUGAGCCGGCGCCCCGCCGCGCCGCGCUGGCCGCCGGGCUGCCCCUUCGCCCCUUCCCAGCCGCAGCGGGCACCGGCCGCGCGACCCCGGCCCGGAGGAACCCCUUCGCCCGCCUGGACAACAGGCACCCGACCGCCGCUGAGCCCCCCAGCGGGCCGGGCCCGGUUUUGGAUUCUAAUCAAGAAAAUGAUUUGCUAUGGGAAGAGAAGUUUCCUGAAACAACCAUUACUGAAUUAUCCAAGACUCCACCUGUGUCCUCCGAAACUGAUAUUCCAUCCUCAGAAAGUGCUGAGUUACCUGUGGACUGGAGUAUUAAAACUCGACUCCUUGUCACCUCUUCUCAGCCUUUUGCCUGGGCAGAUCAUCUGAAAGCACAUGAAGAGGCUCAAGGUCUUGUCCAGCACUGUAGGGGGACAGAAGUCACCUUACCUGAACAUAUUCAGGAUACCAGGCUCUCCACCGAGCUCCGCUGUGCCUUCCAGCAGAGCCUCUUCUAUUGGCUUCACCCUGCCUUGCCUUGGCUGCCACUAUUCCCUCGUAUAGGAGUGGAUAGAAGAAUGGCUGGAAAGACCAGCCCAUGGUCAAAUGAUGAAACCCUACAACACGUUUUAAUGAGCGACUGGUCUGUGAGCUUUACUUCUCUGUAUAAUCUGCUGAAAACAAAGCUUUGCCCCUAUUUCUACGUUUGUACUUACCAGUUCACUGUCCUUUUCCGGGCAGCAGGAUUUGCAGGAAGUGAUGUCAUCACAGCUGUCAUAUCUCCCACAACUAGAGGUUUAAGGGAAGCUAUGAAAAAUGAAGGUAUUGAAUUUUCUCUGCCUUUAAUUAAAGAAAAUACCCAUAAGAAGAAAACAUCUGGAGCAAGCUUGGGACAUGGGGAGGAGCAACCAAUCAGUGAUGAGGAUGAAGAGGAAAGUUUUUCCUGGCUGGAAGAGAUGGGUGUGCAAGAUAAAAUUAAAAAACCUGACAUACACUCUAUCAAGUUACGUAAAGAGAAACACGAAGUACAAAUGGAUCACAGGCCUGAGUCUGUUGUAUUGGUGAAAGGAAUCAACACCUUUACGUUGCUCAAUUUUUUGAUCAACUGUAAAAGUUUAGUUGCCACCUCAGGUCCACAAGCAGGACUUCCACCCACCCUGUUAUCCCCUGUAGCUUUCAGAGGUGCCACAAUGCAAAUGCUUAAGGCACGAAGUGUCAAUGUGAAGACGCAAGCUCUUUCUGGAUACAAAGAUCAAUUUAGUUUGGAGAUUACAGGUCCUGUCAUGCCACAUUCUCUCCAUUCUGUGACCAUGCUACUCAAAUCUUCACAGGCUGGGUCUUUUUCAGCAGGACUGUAUACACAUGAGCCAACUGCUGUAUUUAAUAUCUGCCCACCAGUGGAUAAAGAACUGGAUAAAGAGACUGUUCGUAAGGAGCUUGCCAACUGUGGGUUGCAUCCUAAGACUCUGGACCAACUUAGUCAAGUACCAUUAUUGGGAAAGUCAUCUUUACGGCAUGUCGAAAUGAGUGACUACACUUAUAAUUGGAGAUCCUGACUACUAAAGUAAGCUUAAAUGGAAACUUUGAGGAAAAAAGCCUUCUAACAAGGAAAGUCAAGAUUCUUUAAAAGAGUGGCUUUAAAGUUCAUUUUGGAAGCUAAAAGAAAGCAGUAUUACUAAAUAUAUUCAAACAUUCGUAAACUUUACAUUUUAUUAAACGCACUAAGCAGGAUUAAGGUGUUUUUUUCUAAAUCAUUUCAUUGUUGUUGAGAAGGAUUAAGUUCUUAGAUCAAUAUUUUCUACUUUACUAUUUUUAUAUUAGAUAUUCAAGUAUGAAGGUAACUCAAACUUAAAAAACUCAAAUACUUUGAAAAUUCUAGAUCUUUACAGCCUCGUUACGAACAAAGUAGAAAACUGAAUUGCUGUCUUGUGUUUUCAUUCAGACAGAUGAGCAGUUACCGGCAGUGUGGUAUUGUGACCAGUGGCAUCGGGGCAAAUGUAGUUGACAAUUUACCUAAGGCUAAUAAUAGUUAUUUUAUAGGUUCUCAUUUUAUAUAGGUAGAAAAUAUCUACUGGGCUGACUGUUGAUGCUUCUACCUUGGCUUCCUUCCUCCUGAGUUAAAAUCUAUCUAUCCUCAAAUAUAUUUAAAUGUUUUUUAAAUGCCUGUUAAUCCAGAGAAAAGGGUAUUUUGUACUCCAUGUAGAGAAGUAAAGUGUUGUAAAGUCUGCUCAGCUUGAACAUCAGUGAGAUAGAACUUCAUGUGCUUGUAGAGGUGUGUGUAUAUAUAAUUCAAUUUGUCUUAAAUAAAUGUGCUUAGAAAUCAAAGGCAUUGAGAAAAGUACUAGUAUUCGAAGAAGUAUUUGUUCACUUUAUAGUCCAGAAAAUAAAACACCACAUUUAUUCCAGAGAAGUUUGUAUUUGGGCCUUAAGCUUUUGAAAAUAAAGUUUAGAGACAUAGCAUAUGAAUACCACUGUAAUACACAUGAAAUAGUCUAGCAGACCCUAAAAAUUAACAUGAACUUAAACUUUCUCAUAGUCAACAAAAUAGUGGCUGGGUGCCGAUUUUAUUAGAUAAGUUGGUUACAGCAUUUUAAUUAUCGUUUUUAAUCUACCUAGGUGUAGCUGAAAUUCAGAAUGCACAUCAAAGUAAAACUAUGUCACAACUCAAUGCCAUACUAAAAUGGACUUGGCCUCUGCAGAAAUCCUACUCAGACUUCAUUUUGACUCCCUUCUUAUGGCCCAAGUGGCUUUAACAGGAACGCAGGACUUAGUGCCAACCACCACACAACAUACCACUUUCUUCUUAGAGCCUCUACAAAAUUUGAAGGGGAGGUGGUGGCAUUAGCCCUGUGGAAUGAUGUUGCUUGAUCACCUUGCUAACACUGGCCCAGAGUCUGUCCAGCAGAACCAUUGUGAAACAAGGUGCACAGCCCCUCAGUGAUUACAGGCAAGUGUUACAGCAGCCUAGCCACAGGGAGGGAGUUACAGCAUAGUACAAAAGACAAUAUAAAAGCAUUAUUUCACAUUCCACACUGAAGAUUACUGAUGCCUUCAAACAAUCGAUUGUUUGGAUGUUAGCCACUUAAACAAAUACAUCACUAAGGUAAACAAUAUAAACAUACCAAAACCCUGUAUGGUUAAAUACAAUUUCCAUGGUACAAAAAUCAAAGCCUGGAGAUGUUUGUACAGAUUGCUUUUUACACAGUGUCUUAAAUUGCCAAAUAUUUACAACAUUAAGGAGGAGAGAUACAUUUUGAUGCAGAGUAAAAUGAUCUGAAAUGAUUACUAUAAAACCUCAAUCUAUCUACGUGAGGCACUCCUGAAGCAAGUGGCAUUAGCCAUGAGGUCCUUUGGUACAAGGCCCAUCGCUUGAAGAACCACAGUAGCUGCUGUGGCUUUAGCAUGCUUCUUAUUAGGGCUGGCAAAGCUGGGCUGGUAAGCGCUUCCAUUUAUCAAUACCUAUUCAAGAAAAACAUACAAUUGGGCUGGUAAGGGCUUCCAUUUCUCAAUACCUAUUCAAGAAAAACAUACAAUAAGAACAGCAUCAAACUUUAAUAUCUAUUAGCUUUGUAAUUUUUCACUAAAUGCUAACAACUAUAAAACCCAUACUAUGUAAGUUAAAUGAACAUCAACCCAGAAGAGGCAAAAUCAUUUUGGGAAAGGGGACUGCAAACUAAGCAGGUCUCCAAAUGAAAAAAAUUUCCGAUACAAGUAAAUUAAUUCCCCCAUGUUCUACUAGAAAAUAUCAACAGAUUACUGGCCAGAUUUUGCCCACAUCUUUUCCCUCCAAGAUAUUACAGACCAUAUUAAGAUAACCCUUCAGCAUAGAAAUCCCACCGCUCUACCCAUACUAUAUACAUCCCCAACCCAAAAUUGGCAUAUUAACCCUGUGACCAUGUAAUGCCUAUCCAUCACCCUCUAUCAUUAAGUCACCAAAUUAAUAAACAUAUACAAUUAAUGCAGAAAUUCAUAUUUACCCUAAAGAGAAAAUGUUUGCGAUGAUCAGGGCCACUAUCAUGGACCAAGAGAAAUUCAGGUGGUUGCCACCUUCUCUUAUUACAGAUUUCCAUCAAGGCAGACACAGGAUGUUUGCCUGCAGAGAAAAAAAAAAUAACCAGUUAAAAAUUAUUUCCAUCAUCUUCUGCAACAAAUUAUCAACUGGGGGGCGGGGGCGCAAGAGGAAAUUCCGAAGUGCACUCUCACCUGACAGAUCCUUCAUUGCAGCAGAGAAGUUCCCAGAUCUCUUUUGUGCUCUUUCUCCUACUGCAACGAGACCUUUAAAGAAGAAAAAGCCAAGUGUUCACUGAACAAAUGCCAAGGCAUCAUUUUAAGUUACAACAUAGUGAAACGAAUAUUCCCUCUGAACCUCAGUCCACGCCUUCAAAUACAACAGUCAACGCGCUCCUACUACACUGGAUUUACCAACACUAGUAGUUUGCUGGGUUUCGGUAUAUAAAUCUACAUUUUAUAUCACAUGUAUUGGUAUUGGAAAUAGUAUAAAAAUAAAAUGUUUGGCAAACACAAGAAUUUAAGUGCCAUCGUCACCAACAGCUCUAGGACUGUUGCUUUGUUAGUUUAAAAAGGAGUGGCUAUUUCAAUGAUUCUUAAGGGUUUCUUUUCCCACAAAAAACAAUUCCCAGUUAAAUAUACCAAAAAAUGUUAAGGGUCUUAAGCCAAAAAAAAAAAAAAAAAGUGAGGAAGGCUAUCUCUAAGGAUAAACUGGUCACUGCUUCCCCCAGCAAAUACUUUCUUAGUAAGAGACCUUCUCAAAUGGGAAACCUCUUUGCAUAAGCUCCCUUUCCCAUGGUUUAACUAUGAAAGCUACUAGAGCAGGUCCCCCCUUCUAUCCCAAGCAGUGCUUUCCCAGCUUCCGUGACCAGGGAGAAUUCGUCAACCACUCCCUGGCUGCCUUCCCAAACCUGCCCUGGGAAACGUGCUGCUCUGAGAACUUCCACCCAGGCCACGCCGCACGAUGGGAUUAUGCAUGGCAUCCAUGGUUCUUUCCUUCCAAGAAACCACCUCUCAUGAUGGUUUUAAGACUCUAUUCAGCUUUUUCUAAGUAAUGAUUUCAAUGUGAUACAAUCAGUACAAACAAGGCCCUGUUCUAAUUUAAUGCUACAUGAUAGGAUAAUUACGUUACCUGCAGCCUAUCAUAUGUACGUGAUUACAAUAAAUUCCCUCUCAUUGGAACUUAAAUGGCAACGAAGUAGAUGACAAUACUCUAUGAUUCUAAUGGAAAAUAUAUUAAAAACAAAUUUUUGUUGCAAAGCCAGAACAUUUUCCAAAUUCAUGAAGACACAUUAAUUGUAUUAACUUCAAUAACUUCUUAUAUGACUACAAAAUAAUCACAGGAAAAACUCCCAGUCUUAGGUUUAAACAAGCUACUGAAACCACACUGAGCUGGAAGCCCCUUGUGAUUCUACUUAGGACAUUACUCCAGGUGAAGAAUGAUAUAAAAGAUACCAAUUAGCGGCUGGGUGCUAAGUAUAUUUAAUACAGCAACUAAAUGCAGGCAAGCAACACCGCCCCCCCACACCCCCCAGCUUCUGAAAACAGUAGCAAGAUAGACUCAGUGGUAAAGGUUCCAAGGUGACCGAACACAAGUUCGCAUUUGAUUUGUAAACCCUCAGGCAGUAUGAGGUAACACUGUUUGGUCAGCGGCUGGUCUACUAUGCUCUCCAGUCCCACCCCAACAGAGCUCAAUUAGUCAGCCUGAAAAGAGGGACAAACAAAAGGGAUUUAUGGCGUGAAAACAAAGAAGCAUUGCAAUGGACCAUAAGGAUGAAAAAAUCUGAGAAAGACCAAGCAUAUGGCCCCCACCAAGAGAAAACACAAAAUGGAAAUUCCAUUUUUCUGGACAUGAAACCUAGUUAAAAUUGUAAUCAUGUAAUUAGAUGCAUGCAUAUUCCCCAUAAUAUUCAGCAAAUAGCACUGACAAAAGUUGCCUUUUAAAAGCUCCAAUUAGUGUCUCCAACUACAUUUACGUUAAAAUAAGCUGCUGUAUGUGAAAAUGAGUGAAACUUAUUUUUUCUGACAAAAGAGCUAUACAUCUACACCAGAACUAUACCUAGUGCAGCAUCACUGGGAUCAAAGCCAUGUGUAAAGCUGAUGAAACUUUAACUAGAAAGGAGAUGCAAUAAUGAGCAUUCCAAAAAGACUUUCUCACCUUUUCGGUCUGUCUUAAAAUCAACUAGAAUAGGUUCCUUAUUUCCUUCUUUAUUUUUUCCUAAUCCUUCUCCUUCUCUCCAGCCCAUUUUUCUCAUCAAAACGGCUCCCAUUCCUCCAGUUACCGGGGCUGCUCUUAAGAACUGAUCCUAUCCAGAGAAAGAAAGGUAAAAUGUCCCCAUUUUACAGUUAGAAUUUGAUUACAAACUCACUGGUAACGUUCUAAAAAAAGUCUUACUUCUAGAACUGUUGCAGUUAUUACAGCAAGUAAAUAUAAAUGCGUCUAUACUUUUAUAUACAGUUUACUUCACAUAUUUUCUUUUUACAUUAACAUAAUAGUACUUUAUUUGAAAAUAAGGCAAGUAAAUGGCAGUUUUAAAACAGUGGCCCUUAUGCCCCCCUCCAAAAAAAAAUUAGAACACUCCUGUUUCGUCCACUAUUUAGGUUCACUGGUAUCUCUUCUUAGCUUGCAAAAUAAAAAGAAGGCAGUGUUAAAAACAUUCAAUAAUAUUAAUUGUCCCAGGUGUACCUAGUUAAUGAGUAAAGCCCAGAAAUCACUGAGAAAGAGUUUGGACACUGAAGAAGCAUACUGUUGUCAUCCAAAGUUUCCUUCCCCAUGCUACCAUACAACAAGUAUUUUUUACAUAGAAAAUUCCUAUGAAGCAAAAAGAUAACUCUUUUAAAAUAAACUUAUACGGUACAAAUUUAUCUAUUCAAUAAACAUAAGACAAUCACAGAAAAUACCCUGUAAAUAUACCAAACUGAAUCUGAAUUCUUUUAAAACCUAGCUUGAUGUUAAAAGACUUUUAAAAAACUCCUUAAACGUUUACAUACCUAGGCCUCGGUAGCAGCAGUGUUGUGAAUAGUAGGGCUGGCACUGACCGGGGCAAGAAGACAGCUACAAGGAUUUGGCCCUGAAACAAGUUUCCAUAUAGAGGGGUGAAAGUUCACAGGUUAUUCUGUGAACAGUCAUCUCUCUUGUAUCCAACCCACUGAACCAUAAUUUCCAUCAAAGCAGCAAACCGCUUAAUGUCAUAAGAUGCACAACUGUAUACAUUAGCAUGAUCAGUUCUUUUCACUUAAGCAAGAUUUGAUGCCUUGUUUUAAAGGGCAUUCAUGUACAUAUAACAAACAGUUUUGAAUUCAACUGUUGAUCUUUAUGGCCAUUUUUAAAAAAAUAUUUGACAUUCAUCUCCAAAUUGUGCUGUAUUUCCCCUUGUGUUUAAAUUCCAGUUUAAUUCUCUAGCAUUAACUUAUCAACAGAGGGAGCCAAAACUUUUGGUAGCUCUGGAAAUAGUAUACGUUAUCAUCUCCUGUAUUGAUAAGGGAAUACUCAGUGUAAAAAAAGUUUUAUUUUACACAGCAGUAAAACUGUAUCACGUUGUUUCCCAGCUUUUUAAUUACAUGCUGGGGAGAAAACAUGCCAAUGGUGUAUGACUAGACAUUAAGUUCAACGAGACGCUCUGAUGGAAGGAGGCAGCUGUGGAGGUAAAAACAGACCCCUGGUUCAGUUCCUUUACUUGGUGCAGGCCAUGCAGUGUAGAUGUUUAAAGAGAAAAGUUAGCUGAUGCUUGGGUAUCAACUGCCUUGAUGCUACACACCUAGAAUGAUUUUUACUUACUUCCAGGUUCAUCCGCCCCUCUUUUCCAGGAAACACUCCUAAAAAAAAGGGCAACUGUGCAGAAUACAAUACAAACCCCCAAAGAACCCAGGUUUCCGUUUUUGUUUUCCAUUAGUAUCUGCAUCUGUUUCUUUACCCCAGUGUGAAUGCAGUUCAAAAAAAACGCUGAUUAAUCCAGUAAGACCCCAACAACAAAUACUUAUCAGGUGAUGACCAAAUCAUCUCAUUUCAGAAAACAAGGGUUCUUAUAAAUCAAUAACCAUUUCAGAUGUUUUACUGAAGAAAGUAUCUUUAAAACUUUCCCUUUUUUUCAUCUAAGAAUAUACUGCAACACAUUUAAAAAGGACACGGAAAAUGCUGGCAUUCCGUGUGGUUUUUAACAUAGAAAAGAGGGUGUUAAGACUAUACUUAGGCCAGAAAAGCCGAAAGAUCAUUUGAACGAGUUUUCUGAAAACACCUCAGCAUUAAAUGAAUAGACGGUAGCUGCGAUAUUUGACAGUAAAGAUACAGGUUAGACUUCCAGUUGCCUAAUGACUUUUCUGAAUAUUCUGCCCAUUUUUAUAAAUAAAAUGUUCUUUCUUUAAAAUACGAGCUGCAAAUAUUCUUCAGUAAUUCUAUACAAAAAAAACAUUUUACUGGAAGAUUGCUUUCUUCUAUAAUAAUUUAAAAUUUGGUCUGAUCACAUCUUUAUCUCAUGGUAAUUUACCAAAAAUAGUUCCUAGGAUAUAUUUACAUAAAAUAUAAGGGCAAAAUCUUUGGGUUCUACGUAUGACUAAACAUUUUAAAUUUAUUUAGUAUCUACGAACUGCCUACAAUACUGAAAAUACAAAGAAAGAUACAUAUUUUAGAAGAGUAAGGAGCCAACUGAAUCACUGUGAGAUUCACUUUUUUAAAAAGUUAUUUAUGUUAAGGACAUAACGGUAUUUAGAAGUAUACAAGCAUUAAGGACCAGCACUUCAGUAUACAGAUGAAGACUAAACUUUUGCAAUGGGAACAUACACAUGCAUCAGUUUCUACCUAGCAAUAACACCUAGCUAUUUCAUGAUGUGCCUAAGGGCUGAACACUGCUAUAAUCUUCAAGACUAACUUCCUAACAUCUGAGUUCAGCUUCAACACUAAAUAGUAUUAAGAAUUAAAACUGUUAAAGAAACAGAUGUACAAGUAUAAUUCUUCCCACAAAGAUGAAAGCUAUUUUUCAAAAGCACUUUGACAUUUUAAUUACUGUUAACACGGAUUAGUCCAAAAUGAAUCCAAACUUAAAAAUAUUUUGUUAGAUUCUCAUCCCUUCUUCCAACACCAAUCCCCAGUAAACUAUUUAAGCUACAUGUUUUUAAUGUAUCUGAACAUGUACUCAUUAUGCACACAUUAGUGUAACUAUUUCCAUAAAAACUGGCAGGCAAAGUGAGGAUAUAGGAUGUUUUUAUAUUAAUUUUGUUAAAAGGAGAAUCACAGAGAUAAAACUAUCAAAACUGAAAUAACUGUUAUGAGAUUAUAACAUCUGAAGCAACCAAUGUUUCACUUUUCAGAAAUACAGUUCAUUCACUGGCACUCAAGGCAGCUCGUUAUAGGUAUCCUUUCCAUAACUGAUUACCACUCUGUGAGGCGGUAGUAAAGACUGUCUCCACUGGAAACUUGCCUAUCACACAAGCAGCCAGGAGGGCAGUGGGAUAAAGAAACCUUCCCCCAUCCAUUAGACCACGAGCCUCCCCGUUUCAGCACUGCUAUGUUGCCAGUAACCCUGAAACAAAUUUCCCAUCACCCGUCCAACCAAGCCACAUCCCUUCACCACAAUGCACUUCUUCACAAAGCCCUUCUUAACCACCUAGGACUCCCCCAGCAAUGAGGCAGCCGUAGGUAGAGUUCACAGGUCUUAGUGCAGGAAUCUGAAACCAGGUGCGCCUAUGUCUCCGCAGCACGAGGCAUCCAUCCUCUCCUUUGAGCUUAGGUCUCAUGUGUCCUGUUUUUUCAUGAGAUCAGUGGGUCUCAAACUGAGUCUGUGGAUCACCAGAGGCCACCCGGGCCUAAAUGGCGGUCCACGAAUAGCAUUCUCCAUCCCCACCCCACACUCCAGCCAUCCUCCCAGUCCCACAGCAAGAUCGCCACAUGCAAUGCUAACAUUAGGGCCUCCCAACCACUUGCUGUAACCAAUGGCUGACAACCACAGGGACCUGGGGCUGGAGUUCACAUGAGGGAUGAGGAACAGGGACUUUAAGGGGGCACAGGCACUAAGGAAGGGGGUAAGAAGGACAGCAGAACAGAGACAUGGGAAAGGAGGGUGGUGGAAGGCUCUUGGGGGCAGUGAUCCACCCAAAAUAAACCUGUAACAAAGUGUCCCAUGAUGAGAAGAAACUGAGAACCACUGAUUAGAUUAGUAGCCCAACAGGAACUGGAAAGUCUUGAACAGCACCUGAUACACUGUUGGUGUUAAAAACAGGGCUUUGAACCAGUUCUGGUUCGAACCCCCGCUGAGAAUUGGCAUUUCUAACAAGUUCCCAGGCGAUGCUAACCCUUCUGGUUAGGGACCAAUUCUGAGACCCACUAGUAAGAGCAGUGGUUCUCAAAACUUAUUAUACCUAAGAAUCACCUGGGGAUUUCGUUAAAAUGUAGAUUCUGAUUCAGUAUAUUUGGGAUGGAAGUUCAAAUCCUCAGCAGGAGCUGGAACUGGAAUGAGCCGGUUCAAAGCCCUGAUUAAAAAUACAGUUUAAAAAAAAAAAAAAACCACCAGCAGCAAUAAUAAAAACAGCCUAAG